AACUUCUCAUUCACUCGGACCAACUUGUGACCGAAGAAAGCAAAUUAAGACUUAGUCUCUACGCACCAACCAGUCAUUUGGUCUGUAUCUUAAGAUAACUUAUAGAUUUAUUUUAUGGAUGGUUCUUCGUUUCUCGACAUCUCUCUCGCUCUCAACAACAAUCCCUUCCCCGCAAAACUUCCGAAGAAGGAAGUCUCGGUUUCGGCUUCUACUCAUUUAAAAAGGAAAUGGCUGGAGCAAGACGAGAGCGCAAGUGAGUUAAGAGAGGAGCUAAACAGAGUCAAUUCAGAGAACAAGAAGCUAACAGAGAUGUUAGCUAGAGUCUGUGAGAGCUACAACGCACUACAUAAUCAUUUGGAGAAACUUCAGAGCCCUGAAAUCGAUCAGACCGACAAACCGAUAAAGAAAAGAAAACAAGACCCGGAUGACUUCUUAGGCUUUCCUAUUGGACUCAGUAGUGGGAAAACUGAGAACAGCUCCAGCAAUGAAGAUCAUCAGCAACACGAGCAGAAAAAUCAGCUUCUUUCAUGUAAAAGACCAGUCACUGAUAGCUUCAACAAAGCAAAGGUUUCCACAGUCUACGUGCCUACUGAAACAUCGGACACAAGCUUGACAGUAAAAGAUGGAUUUCAGUGGAGGAAAUACGGACAAAAGGUUACAAGAGACAACCCAUCACCUAGAGCUUACUUUAGAUGCUCGUUUGCACCGUCUUGUCCAGUAAAAAAGAAGGUACAACGCAGCGCAGAGGAUCCAUCGUUACUGGUAGCAACAUACGAAGGAACGCAUAACCACUUGGGUCCAAACGCUUCUGAAGGGGAUGUUACAAGCCAGGGUGGGUCAAGCACAGUGACUUUGGAUCUGGUUAAUGGUGGUCAUAGCUUAUUAGCUUUGGAGAAGAAGGAAAGGAAUACGAUGCAAGAGGUUCUGAUUCAACAAAUGGCGUCAUCGUUAACAAAAGAUUCAAAAUUUACAGCUGCUCUUGCUGCUGCUAUAUCUGGGAGGUUAAUGGAGUAAUCUAGAACAUGAAUGUUUUGUUUUUGUUUGUUUAGAAUUCGGGGUUCUUCUUUUUUGAAUUGUAUCUUUCGAUUAGGAGAUAAAAUGAUGUAAACUUCAGUGUAUAUAAAUCGUAGAUUCGGUUAGAUGAACA